UGUCGGUUUGAGUUAAUGAACGUUUGUGCUGGUUUUUGUGAUUAGAAGUAGUCGGAAAUUUUUAAUUUCUCGUAACGAAAUUUGUGCACAAUCUUUCACUUAUUUUUUCAAGGAAAAAUGGCGGGGUAUUUGAAUUAAAUAGUAGGAAUUUUGGAUUUUCCUGAAUGUUAACUUCCGAAAAAAAAAAACGAAAUGUCAAUGACCCGUCAGACUGACCCUUCCCGGCUGUCGCUGACCUCCGGUGGUAAGAGAUCCUCCAGAAGAGAUUCGAUAUCUCGCGCUGGAAUUGGAAGUAGCACUGUAUCCCUCGUGGGUCUCCCCAGGGCCAGCAUAGCCUUCAAGACCGGCAAGGGGGGCUUCAAGGUACCACGGUAUCAGAAUACUUAUCAGCUUGAGUCUCCGAAUCCUUUCAAAGCCCCCGCAGUUGACAAGAUCCUCGAGAACGUGACGAAAACAGCACUGAAGGACGUUAAAGUGUAUGACUCGAAGGUCUGCAUGAAGCUCUGCCAGGAUAUGGCGAUGGAAAUUCGGAAACAAAUUUUUAAAAAGGAUUUCAUGCGGUAUAAAUAUAUUGUAACAGCGACGAUAAUCCAAAAGAGUGGACAAGGAAUCCACACAGGACUCGGGUUCAUCUGGGACGCUGAGAAGGACAAUUACUCGACGUACGUUCACGAGACUCUAGAAUAUUACGCAAUUGUUAUUGUCGCUGGAGUAUAUUAUGAUUAAUCACAAAAUAUUCGAUGAUUUUCUGUAACAAAUAAAAGAGCUGAAGUAGA